AUGAGCGGUCGCUCAAAUGGUCAACAGAAAAUGCGAAUCCGGCCAUUCAUGGCAACGGUCGACGAACAGUAUGUGACUCAGACGUGGGAUCUCUUGAAGCGUGCGAUUCAAGAAAUUCAACGGAAAAAUAAUUCCGGUUUGAGUUUUGAAGAACUCUAUCGUAAUGCAUAUACUAUGGUUCUUCAUAAACACGGUGAACGAUUGUACAAUGGUUUGAAAGAGGUGAUUCAAGAUCAUAUGGCAUCGGUUCGUGAAAGAAUUAUCAACUCGCUCAAUUCGGGAAAUUUUCUGGAAACUGUUGCCGAUUCGUGGACUGAUCACACCGUCGCCAUGGUGAUGAUUCGUGAUAUUUUGAUGUACAUGGAUAGAAUUUAUGUGGCUCAAAAUAUUCAUGUCUUACCAGUUUACAAUCUCGGAUUGGAUUCUUUUAGAACUGAAAUUUUGAGACAGAAUGGAAUUGGUGACCGUCUUAGAGAUGCCCUUCUUGAACUGAUCAAGUCGGAUAGGAAGUCGAAUCAAAUCAAUUGGCACGGAAUCAAGAAUGCGUGUGAAAUGUUGAUCUCAUUGGGAAUUGAUUCUCGUCGAGUUUAUGAGGAAGAAUUUGAGAGGCCACUCCUCAAAGAAACUAGUGAUUAUUAUCGAGAUGUUUGCAAGAAUUGGCUUUCUGGAGAUAAUGAUGCAUGCUUUUAUUUGGCACAAGUUGAAGGAGCAAUCAAAGAUGAGACAUCACGUGCUUCGAGAUAUUUGGACAAACCGACUGAAACAAAGAUUCUGCAAGUAAUGGAUGACGUGAUGGUUGCAGAACACAUAACAACAAUUGUCUAUAUGCCAAAUGGAGGUGUCAAAUUUAUGCUGGAGCAUAAAAGAGUGGACGAUUUGACGCGUAUUUUCCGUAUUUUCAAACGUAUCGGAGUGUCUGAAACCGUUCCUGAUGGUGGACUGAAAGUGUUGUUGAAGGCGGUUAGCGAAUAUCUAACUGAAACCGGCUCAAAUAUUGUCAAAAAUGAGGAGUUGCUCAAGAAUCCUGUGAAUUUCGUCAGUGAACUUCUCCAGCUCAAAGACUAUUUCUCCAGUCUUCUCACAACCGCAUUCGCUGAUGAUCGUGAUUUCAAAAAUCGUUUCCAACACGACUUCGAGACAUUCCUUAAUUCGAAUCGUCAGUCUCCAGAAUUUGUUGCUCUUUACAUGGAUGAUAUGCUUCGUAGCGGUCUGAAAUGUGUAUCAGAUGCUGAGAUGGAUAACAAGCUAGAUAAUGUGAUGAUUUUAUUCCGUUAUUUGCAAGAGAAAGAUGUGUUCGAAAAGUAUUUCAAACAAUACCUUGCAAAGCGACUUCUUCUUGACAAAUCAUGCUCCGAUGACGUUGAAAAAGCACUUCUUGCCAAAUUGAAAACCGAAUGUGGAUGUCAAUUCACUCAAAAGCUCGAGAACAUGUUCAGAGACAAAGAGCUUUGGCAGAAUCUUGCUACAAGUUUCAGAGAUUGGAAAGAAGCUCAACCACAGAAGAUGAACAUUGACAUAUCACUGAGAGUUCUGACUGCGGGUGUGUGGCCGACAGUUCAAUGCAAUCCAAUUGUGUUGCCACAGGAGUUGUCAUUGGCAUACGAUAUGUUCACUCAAUACUACACUGAAAAACAUACUGGCCGUAAGCUGACAAUUAAUACACUUCUCGGAAAUGCUGAUGUCAAAGCGACGUUCUAUCCCCCACCGAAAGCAUCCCAAUCGAAUGAGGAGAACGGUCCAGGACCAUCAAACGGAGGCGAUUCGCUGAAAGAGAGAAAACCAGAGCAUAAGAUUUUGCAAGUCAACACUCAUCAAAUGAUUAUUCUUCUCCAAUUCAAUCAUCACAACCGGAUCUCUUGUCAACAGUUGGUUGAUGAGUUGAAAAUUCCGGAGAAGGAGUUGAAGAGAAAUCUCCAAUCAUUGGCACUCGGAAAAUCAUCACAGCGUAUUUUGGUCAGAAAAAAUAAGGGAAGAGAUGCUAUAGACAUGGCUGAUGAAUUCGCUGUCAACGACAAUUUCCAAUCGAAAUUGACACGUGUUAAAGUGCAAAUGGUAACUGGAAAAGUGGAGACUGAACCAGAGAUCAAGGAAACUCGUCAGAAGGUUGAAGAUGACAGAAAACUGGAAGUUGAAGCAGCGAUUGUUCGAAUUAUGAAAGCCAGAAAGAGGUUGAAUCACAAUAAUUUGGUUACAGAGGUUACCCAGCAGCUUCGUCAUCGUUUCAUGCCAUCUCCCGUCAUUAUCAAACAACGUAUCGAGACUCUGAUUGAAAGAGAAUAUUUGCAACGGGAUGAUCAGGAUCAUCGUUCCUACUCUUACAUCGCCUAA